ACUUCUUUUGUAUUGAAAUAAUAGUGUCAAAAAGUCUUAUAUUUUGAUACGGAGGGAGGAGGGAGUAUUAAGCUACCAGUCCAUCCGAACAAGUAUACUAAAAAGCCACACGUCCUGGUGCUAGAGAAGAAACGCCACACAAAACCCCCAGUACCCAGGGCGGCGGCCCGGUCGGUACGAACACGGAACGCCGGCGGCGGCAUGACAGCGGCGGCGCCUGCGCCCAACGCCAGCGGAAUCAGGCCUGUGAAAUGCGACGCCUUCAAGAGCUGGCUGCAGGAGUACGCGCAGAAAGCCGGCCUGCUGGCUCCCGAGUAUCACACCCUCAAGGAGGGGCCCUGCCACGAGCCCAUCUUCAAGUCCGCGGUCGUGAUCGACGGCGCCAAGUACGACUCGCUGCCCGGAUUUUUCACCCGGAAGGCCGCAGAACAGUCGGCUGCUGAAGUCGCCCUCAUGGAAAUUGUCGAGUCCAUCCCAACCAUUGGGAGAAUCCCAGCAGCUCUAGAAACUGGCCUCUGCAAGAAUCUUCUCCAGGAGUAUGCUCAGAAGAUGAAUUACACUCCAUCUUAUAGCUUGACCAGACAAGCUUCAGGGAUAGCUCCUUUUACAUGCACCGUAGAGAUUGGUGGUAUACAAUACAUUGGUCCUGCAGCCAGGUCAAAGAAAGAGGCAGAGAUAAAAGGAGCCCAAACUGCUCUUCUUGCAAUACAAGGCUCUGUUUGUGCAGGUCAACUAGAGGGUCGCAGAAGUGGUGCCACAAAGCAUAUUGUAGUUCCUAGCAAAAGGCAAGUUAAGGAGACAACGAAAAAGCUAAUUGAAAUCCCAAAACCACUUGCGGUGAAGAAAGGCGGUUUCAAGAAGAAAUGGAACAAGAGGAAGUUCAUGAAAAGGAAUCGCCAAGCAGUUGAUGUGGAAAAGAAUGAAGGAAAAAUGGCUGGAGAUGUCAUUAACUCAGUGUCCCGAUGCAUCCAACAAUCAACACAGGAGCCAUCCAGCGACGCUGUAAUGCUGAAAGAUGAUGAGGAAGCUAGACGAGUAGUACAGGAGCCAGGCGGCGACGCUGUAAUGCUGCAACCUAGUAAGGAAGCUAGAAGAGCAGAACCAGAGUCAGGCGUUGCAGUGCUGAAACCUGAUGAGUUAGAUAGAAGAGUAGAACAUGUGCAAGGCAGUGACAUUGUGAUGCUGCCAUCUGAUCACGAAGCUAUAAGAGUAAAACCGGUGCCAGGCAGUGACACUGCAAUUCUGCAACGUAAUAACAGAGCUAGAAACGUAGAACAGGAGCCGCCCAGAGAUUAUGGAAUGGUGCGAUCUAAUAAGGAAGCUGGAUGCGUAAACCAGGAGCUACUUGGUGAGACUGCAAUGCCUCGCAAUGUCAGGGAAGCUAGAACCAUGAUGCGUGAUCCACAGCACCGGUGCAGCCUAAUGUAGAUGCUGCAGAUGUGAAGUUGGACCCGCCGAGCAACACUGCAAACAAACCAGGACCUUGAGACAUGAUCAUUUUGUGGAUAUGGCAGGAAUGGCUUGAGAUCAUAUUCAUUCAACUCUUCGACCACAGAACGGAUUGUAAUGUGGUAGGUGGUAGCCUUGGAAUGUUUAAUGUGUUGAUCUUAAAUGAAGUGGAACCUGAAUAUGUAUAGGUGGCUGUGCAGCUUGUGUGGAGCGAUGCAAUUUGCAAAUAUGUGUAGUGAGGAUUGUUAGUCCUGCCAGCUAGUCUUUCCUUUUCUUUUUUGCCUAGGAUUUUUAAGAGAUUACUAA